UAACCCUGUAACGCACACGGACAGUCAUGUGACGGUCAUAUAGUACAACUCAAGCAAGCGCUCAGUUCAGUCUGAACGCUACAGCUGCUGCUGCUGCUGCUGCUGCAUGGCGAGUCUCAAGGGCAAAUCCUGCUCUGGCAAUAGACUGCCCCGUCGGAUGCAACGGAUAAAAAUAAUACUCCCCGCGCCUUUUGCAUUGGGAAUACACUUUCUUUGAGAGAACGAGACAUACUGGAUCCUGGCUGGACCUUGGAUUGUAAGAGUGUUUCCCUGACGCUUACUUUUUCCACCCUGAGAGAGAACACCAGGUGUUUUACUAUCUCACCGAAGUGGAAAGUGUGGCCUUGGUGACCUGGGUUUGUUUGGCCUAACUUUCCCAGAAUUACAAGGAAUAAUUCUCUAAUAAACCUUAACACAAACUCCCGAGUUCAACAAGGAGACAGCAGUUUGGCACUAUCCAGGGAUGGUAGAUAACUCCCCAGUUAGCGAGUGGACAUUUCUUCCUUACAGUGGGUCUCCACCCGCCUACCGGCUGUCAGAAAUGGUGACAGACCUGGGCUCCUACCAGGUGAUGCCGUCGCCAUUUUCGGAGGACGACUUGAGCGAGUCUUCGAGCCCUCGUUCCUGUUCUAGCCCAGACUCCCAGGUGCUCAGCUCCAGCUAUGGCAGCAACUCUAGUGCUGAGAGCCAGGACAGCAUCCUGGAUCACCUGCUGUCCCAGGCCUCUUUAGGAGGUGCCAACAGUGUACCAGUAGGGUCUGUGGCACCUGUACCAUUAUCCACUUUCCUCUGGGACUCACGAAGGGAUGAGCCCUCCAAACGUGAGCCCAUAAAGGCCGAAAAUUUUGAUUUCCUCUCCUGGUCUAAUGUGGAUACAGAGGAACAACUUGGAGGGUCCUUCCAGCCCACACUGGAAGAGAUCGAAGAAUUCCUGGAGGAGAAUAUGGAGGUGGUAACGAUGAAGCAGGAGAUCCGAGAGAGUUGCCUCGGGUUGGGAGUGGGACUGGAGGAGGCUCUUGGUCUAGAAGUUGGCCUGGAGUGGGACAGGGAGUCCUCCCCUGAGCCUAAGCUAGAGCCAGAGGCCAAGUAUUCAGACCAAACUGUCCCCACCGCUAGCACUGCUGGCCUGGCCACUGCUGCCUCCAGUGAGACCAAAACUACAUCAGCUAACCCCACACAUGAAUCCAGCACAGGGGCCAAGAAGGAAUCAGCAGAUAGUGGCACAAACAGUAGUGGGAUCAUCCUACAGAUUCAGCCCCUUCAGAUAAAGCAGGAGCCCACAGUAGCUCCUCUUACCCCAGUAGCCCAGCCCCCACAGCCUGCCCCACCCUCAGACAUUAAAAUUGCGCAGCUACUGGUCAACAUCCAGGGUCAGACCUUUGCUCUGGUGCCUCACAUCCUGCCCUCACCCAGCCUUAAUGUCUCCUCCAAGUUUGUGCGCAUCGCUCCUGUCCCAAUUGCAGCCAAGCCUCUUGGGAUCGGGGACAGCUCAGCCAGCCAGGGAUCCGGGAUUCUUGUUGGAAGUCAAAAGUUCCAGAAGAACCCGGUGGCAGAUCUUAUCAAAAUGCACAAAUGCACUUUUCCUGGCUGCACCAAGAUGUACACCAAGAGCAGUCACCUGAAGGCCCACCUGAGGAGGCACACGGGAGAGAAGCCUUUCGCCUGCAACUGGCAGGGCUGUGGAUGGAGGUUUUCCCGGUCAGACGAGCUGUCUCGACACCGGCGGUCCCAUUCGGGUGUCAAGCCCUACCAGUGUCCAGUGUGUGAGAAGAAGUUUGCCCGCAGUGACCACCUGUCAAAACACAUCAAAGUCCACCGCUUUCCACGAAGUAGUCGAACAGUUCGCUCAGCAAUCUGAUGCCCCACUCGGAUCUCUCGUAUCACUGGGAAUGCUGAGAUCACUCAUACAGAAUUAGGCCACCGGAGCAAGGCGUGAGAGUGAAUGUAUGGGUGUGUGCGGACGUGUCUGCGCUUUUGUCAAGUCGGUUUGAAUAUGUGAGUGGAAGCACGCCUUGCUUUUUGUUUCAGCAGUCUGUGAUUGUUCUAAUUUAUUGUACAAAAGUAAACCAACACAGUUACCAUCCUGUAGCUAAAGGUUGUUGUUGUUGCUGUUGGUGCUUUGGUAUGUUGUCCUCCUUAUGUUUGAUCUGUCUUUAUCAACCGACUCAGCAGAAGAUAAGAUAAGCUUAUUUUCAUUCAGUCUGUGACAGCUCUGCUAAUAGCCUUGAGUGUCCAUUCUACCUGGAUAAAACAACUGCCUUUUAUCUUCCUAAUAGCUGCCAAUGUCUCGGACAUUCCUGACCUUAUGCAAUGUUUAGGAAGUCAGAGUGAAGUGAAUUAUGAUAUCAGCUACUACCAGAGUAAUAGCUACCCUUCCUGGGGUCCACAGAGGUUUUUUUCUGUGAGCUUUCUCUGAUAGCUUUGUCUUAGUUUCUGCUGCCUUGUAUCACGGUAUGGUUGAAGAAUACUUUUAUUAUUCGACUUGGUGUUGAUGGACAAGGACACACCUGUUAUAAUAUGUGGACAUGAACUACUGAUGUAACAAAGUAAGGGAAAGCUCACAAUAAGCUACCAGGACUCCUCCCACAUUUUAUUGGACUUUGUGAACCUUGCUUCGACACAGGGAGGAGAAUGACAGAGCAACACAAGAAAUGCAAAAGGGAAACACAAACAAAAGGUUAAGCGCACAGUAAUUGUUAAACAGGCCUUCUGAUCAGUGUUAAAUGAUCUUUGUUCGAGUUUUAUUAAGCUAAGUAAUGUGAACCUUCUUGUUGGUCUUCUAUUUGUCUUGCUUUCCUGGCCUUAUUUUACCACAAAAUCCUUACUGAAGAGCCAAAUGGUUUGGGCAAACACUUCAAUUAUUCAAUUAUCCAUAUUUUAAUGACAUGUAAAGUGACUGCUAAAAAAGGUAUUAUAAUAUGGCCCAUGUCAUGCAGUGCAUAGCCACAGAACUGAAAGUCUCAGUCUGCUAUUAUUAUUUUGCUGACAACUUGACACAAAAUCUGCCUCAACUCUGCUUUAUCUAUUACUGGAGACACCCCGACAGCCUUUGACCUCUGCCUGCAGUUAUGUUACGUUGAGGCGACAUCAAUGGACACACUACACACCAUGGUGCUGAACUAUCAGGAGGAGGGGCUUCUGUAUGUAUCUGUAGAUGUAGUCACAACAUCCCUUUUGAGGCCAUGACACACUUUCUAAUGCCCAAACUGACUCAAACAUUGUUUGCUAAAUGUACCGCGCCCCGCUGUGAAUAUGUAGGGGUGUGACUAUGCCGUCCGUGUGUAAUUCAUGUAUGUAAAGCAACAACAAGCAGGGGUACACAACAUUAUACAUCAUUCCUUUCAUUCAAUUUUUGAAUUUUUAAUGCUUGUGUGAACACAGGUGUUUUACCGCAUCCUAUGAAUGUAUGUAAAUAUGCAGGAGUGUUCAUCGCUGCAUCCAGGAAACAAACAGACACUUCUGAUCUUAAAACAAAUCAGUGGUUAUGAAGAUUUCUAGUGUCAACCCUAAAUGUGUACAUAGCUUAAUGUUUCAGUACAUAUGAAUAUAUUAUAUAUUUUUUCUUUGUUCUAUCCAAGAUGCAUUUACAAAUAAAACUGAAAAGAAACAAC